CAUGGUUCACUGGGAAUCAUUUGGCGAUCAUCCGAUGAAUAGCUAGAGGACACAGACAUGCUAUGGAAGUUAAAUGCCAUGUCGUCUUCGGUAGUUUUUCAGAAGCAUGUCACGAGGAAAGCCUUCUCACCCAGCCAUUGCUGGUGCUGCAGGACCCCGGGGCCAGAGGGGCCACACCUGUUCCUCCACAGCCCUGCCUGAGCCACUCGGUCUCCUGGAGCUCCUCCCUGGACACCAGCGCUCACACUGGGGAUACCGAGCUGGACUCGGGCAUGCACACAAGCAUCAGUGAGAUCCUGAAGGAGAAGACCCUGAAGCCGUCCCGUCGCAGCUUGCCCUGUCUGGCCCAGAGCCAGACGCACCCUCUGAACCUCAACCACUUCCUGUCCGUGCCUCUGAGUCCAGAGGUCAAACACGAGGCUGUCCCUGUCCUGACACACAGCGUCAGCCUCAGCUCAUCCUGCACUGUCCUCCCCCCCCAGACAGAAACGAUCAAGGACCUCUAUGCAGAAGAGUCGGAAUCUAGUUCCUGUAAGGCGAGGGCAGACGAUUAUAGUUCCUGUAAGGAGAGGGAAGACGAUUCUAGUUCCUGUAAGGCGAGGGCAGAUGAUUCGUUUAUAAUACAGAAACCUGUCAUCCGUGCAAAGUUAGAGGCCCGCACUGAUUCAGUUCAGAGCAAAUACAAACGAGCCAACUCAUCAGGACUCCUGUUCAGGGAUGGAAAGAAACGCAUCGACUACAUCCUGGUCUACAAGAAGUCAAGUCCUCAAGUGGAAAAGAGAUGCACCUUUGAGAGGAACUUGCGUGCUGAGGGGCUGAUGCUUGAGAAGGAGCCCUCUCUGACCAACAAUGACAUCAUGUUUGUCAAGAUCCAUGCUCCUUGGGACACUCUUUGCAAAUACGCAGAGCAGAUGAACAUCCGGAUGCCAUUCAGAAAGAAAUGUUACUUUACCGACUGGAAGAGCAAAGCUUUGAGCAGCAGGUUCCGCCAGAGAUGUCGUCAGAUUAGGAGCUGGCUCCCCAAAAACCCCAUGAAGCUGGAUAAAGAGGCCUUGCCUGACCUGGAGGAUACCGACUGCUACACAGCCCCCUUCAGCAGAGCGCGUAUGCACCACUUCACUAUCAACAACAGGCACACGUUCUUCUCCAACUCCACCAGAAGCAGGAUCGUCCACCACGUUCUGCAGCGCACCAAGUAUGAGGAUGGGAAGCCAAAAAUGGGUAUCAAUCGACUACUGGGCAAUGGCACAUAUGAGGCUGCGUUUCCUCCGCACGAGGGUGGUUACAAAAGCAAGCACCCCAUUAAGACCCACGGGGCACAGAACCACCGACACCUGCUGUAUGAGAGGUGGGCUCGCUGGGGCAUCUGGUACAAAUACCAGCCUCUGGACCUCAUAAGGCGGUACUUUGGAGAGAAGAUAGGCCUGUAUUUUGCCUGGCUGGGAUGGUACACUGGCAUGCUGAUCCCCGCAGCCCUGGUGGGUCUAUUUGUCUUCCUCUAUGGCCUCUUCACCAUGGACACCAGCCAAGUCAGUAAGGAGAUCUGUGAAGACAACACCACCAUCAUGUGUCCUAUGUGUGAGGAGAACUGUCCUCCUUGGAGACUGAAUGAUAGUUGUGUCUAUGCAAAGGUGACCUAUCUUUUUGACAACGGGGGAACUGUGUUCUUCGCGAUAUUCAUGGCUAUAUGGGCCACUGUGUUCCUGGAGUUCUGGAAGAGGAGGAGGGCUGAACUGACUUAUGAUUGGGACCUCAUCGAUUGGGAGGAAGAAGAGGAGGAGUUGAGGCCCCAGUUUGAAGCCAAGUACUCCGGAGUGGAGAGAGUGAACCCUGUGUCCGGCAAGCCUGAGCCCUUUCAGCCCUUCACAGACAAACUCAGCCGGCUCAUGGUGUCUGUGUCUGGAAUCUUCUUCAUGAUUUCCCUUGUUUUGACAGCUGUUUUUGCCGUGGUGGUUUUCCGACUCAUCGCCAUGGAAAAGUUUGCAUCGUUUGACUGGGAGUUUGUGAAGAAGAACUGGCAGUUUGCUACCUCUGGCACUGGUGUCUGUAUCAACUUUAUGAUCAUCAUGUCUCUGAAUGUGGUUUAUGAGAAGGUGGCUUAUCUGCUCACUAACUUGGAGCACCCACGCACAGAGUCAGAAUGGGAAAACAGCUUUGCACUCAAGAUGUUCCUCUUCCAGUUUGUCAAUUUGAACAGCUCCACAUUCUACAUUGCUUUUUUCCUUGGAAGGUUUGCUGGCAGGCCUGGGAAAUACAAUAAGCUAUUUAAUAGGUGGAGACUGGAGGAGUGCCACCCCAGUGGAUGCUUGAUCGACUUGUGCCUGCAAAUGGGAGUCAUUAUGGUUCUGAAGCAGAUCUGGAACAACUUUAUGGAGUUGGGUUAUCCUUUGCUGCAGAACUGGUGGUCUCGACGGAAGAUGAAGAAAGGAGGGCAGAAUGUAGAGAACAAAGUGCAGCUUCCACAGUGGGACAAAGACUGGAACCUGCAACCAAUGAACGCUCACGGUCUUGUUGAUGAAUACCUAGAAAUGGUUCUCCAGUUUGGCUUCACCACCAUCUUUGUGGCUGCCUUCCCUUUGGCUCCUCUCCUGGCUUUGCUUAACAACAUCAUCGAGAUCCGCCUAGACGCCUACAAAUUCGUCACUCAGUGGAGGAGACCCAUGCCUGCCCGCGCCACCGACAUAGGCAUCUGGCAUGGCAUACUGGAAGGCAUCGGCGUGCUGGCAGUCAUCACUAAUGCCUUUGUCAUUGCCAUCACCUCCGACUACAUCCCUCGCUUCGUUUAUGCCUUCAAAUACGGGCCGUGUGUGGACAAGGGCUACCGCCACGAAAGGUGCCUACGAGGCUACAUGAACAGCAGCCUGUCAGUGUUCGAUAUGGGGGAGCCUAAGAACGGCAGCCAAAUCCAGACCAGGUUCUGCAGGUACAGGGACUACAGGGCGCCCCCCUGGAGCCCGGUGCCCUACGACUUCACCCUGCAGUUCUGGCACGUCUUGGCCGCCAGACUAGCCUUCAUCAUCGUGUUUGAGCACCUGGUGUAUGGGAUCAAGUCCUUCAUUGCAUACCUGAUCCCGGACAUGCCCAAGGGCCUGUGUGAGCGCAUGCGUCGGGAGAAGUACCUGAUGCAGGAGAUGAUGUACGAGGCAGAGCUGGAACACCUCCAGAAGGAGAAGAAGAAGAACGGCAAGCGUUAUCACCAUGAGUGGCCUUAGCUUGACCCCCCCCUGUCCUCACACCUUCACACACAGGCAAAGGCACACACACCUUCCUCACACACACAC